ACUACUCAGUACACAAAACGAAUUUGUCAACCUGGAUUUACGUAACAAUUUACUCAGAAGUGGGCUGGAUUAAAGACCGCCUCACUCUAAAAGAACGUGCUCAGAAGAUACCAAAGAAGAAAUCAACGCGUAAGGAUUGAGCUGCAUCAUGGUCCACAGAGUAGCAGUGAUCGGGGCAGGCCCCUGUGGUCUGACCAGCAUGAAGGCCUGUCUGGAGGAGGGCAUGAUGCCGACCUGUUUUGAAAGCAGCGAUGACAUUGGUGGACUUUGGAGGUUCAAGGAAGUGUCAGAGCCAAACAGGGCCAGCAUCUACCGUUCCCUCACCAUCAACAUCUCGAAGGAGAUGAUGAGCUUCAGCGACUUCCCCGUCCAAGCUGAUUACCCCAACUACAUGCACCACUCAAAAAUCCAGAAUUACUUUAGGAUGUAUGCAGAACACUUUAAACUGCUGAAACACAUCCGUUUCCAGACCCUGGUGAAGAAUGUCAAUCAAACACCAGACUUUUCUCGCACUGGUCAGUGGGAAGUGGUGACAGAAAACAAAGAUGGGAAGGAGGAGAGGCAUGUCUUUGAUGCAGUUAUCUGCUGUUCGGGUCACUACUCCUACCCUAACCUGCCUUUGAAAGAGUUCCCAGGAAUUGAGACAUUUGAAGGAAAAUACUUCCACAGCUGGGACUACAAGGGGCCUGAAGACAUGGUUGGGAAAAAAGUGGUGGUCAUCGGCAUCGGUAACUCAGGAAGUGACAUCGCUGUGGAGAGCAGCAGAGUGGCAGAGCAGGUGUAUCUGAGCACUCGUAGUGGAGCCUGGGUCAUCCGUCAGGUUUCUGACAAUGGCCUGCCAGUGGACAUAAAGUACCUCACACGCUUUGUCCACAUCCUCUCCCAGCUGCUGCCUAUCAGAAUCCUUAACUGGCUGUGUGAGACAAAACUCAACGCCAUGUAUGACCACACCAUGUAUGCCCUCAAACCCAAACACAGAUUCUUCAAUCAGAUCCCGGUGAUCAACGAUGAUUUGCCUCUAAAGAUUCUGUCUGGGUCUGUUAUCAUCAAACCAAAUGUGAAGGAGAUCUGUGGCUCGUCCGUGGUGUUUGAGGAUGGCAGCACUGUGGAAAAUGUGGAUACGAUCGUGUUUGCAACAGGUUACAACUAUGAUUUUCCAUACUUGCCAAGUAGUUCUAAGUACAUGUCUGGGCAUCGUCUGGGACUGUACAAACACGUUUUUCCUCCAAACCUGGAGCAUCCCACUCUGGCUGUGGUGGGUUUCAUCCAUGCCUUUGCAGCGAUCAUGACACAGGCUGAAAUGCAGGCCCGCUGGGUCUCACGAGUUUUCAAUGGACAGGUCAAGCUGCCCUCAAACCAGGCCAUGAUAAAGUCUGUUGACAAGGACACCAAGGACAUCGAGAAAAACUACAUUGUGUCAAGGUUGACACCCCUGCACGUGGACUUUGUUACCUACAUGGAUGACUUAGCAGGAGAGAUUGGGGUGCGGCCCAGUCUGCUCUGGCUCUUCUUCACAGACUACCAAAUGUUCAAGAUGGUUCUGUGGGGACCUGUCACCAGCUACCAGUACCGCUUGAAGGGACCAGGGAAAUGGGACGGAGCCCGCAGAGCAAUCUCAACCACGUUGAACCGCGUGUACCAGCCCCUGAAAACCAGACAGCUGGAGACAAAAGAGGCCUCUGUUGCUGGCAGCCUGUUCAAGCUGAGCCUGACCCUCAUGGCUGGAGGAGCGGCCGUUUACUACAUCCAUGUGCGCAACCCGACCACCAUCCCCACUCUGCUGGCCAACCUGCGACCACAAACAUUCUCAGCCAUGGUGCGACGUGUGGCAGUGGUGGGAGCCGGCAGCUCUGGUCUGGCUUGCAUCAAGAUCUGCGUUGAGGAGGGCUUGGAGCCUGUUUGCUUUGAGAGCAGUGAUGACAUUGGCGGCUUGUGGAAAUUUAAGGAGUCACCUGAGCCAGAGCGAUCCAGCAUCUAUCGCUCCUUGGUGGUGAACACCUCCAAAGAGAUGAUGUGUUACAGUGAUUUCCCCAUGCCUGCUGACUAUCCAAACUACAUGCACAACUCCCAGCUGCUGCAGUACUACAGGCUCUACGCUGACCACUUUGACCUGCUCAGAUACAUUCAUUUCCAGACCACAGUGAAGAGUGUUGCCCAGAGGCCGGAUUUCUCUCUGUCAGGUCAGUGGGACAUAGUGACAAUUAACAAGGAUGGCGAGGAGGAGAGAAACGUCUUUGAUGCAGUUAUGGUGUGUUCGGGCCACUACACUCAUCCGUCCUUACCCCUGUCAGGUUUUCCAGGAUAUGAGACGUUUUCUGGCAGGUGCUUUCACAGCUGGGAAUACAAAGAUGCAGAUGCCUGCAGAGGAAAGAGGGUGGUGGUGGUCGGCAUUGGCAAUUCUGGAGGAGAUAUUGCAGUGGAGAUCAGUAGAUCUGCAAAGAAGACAUUUCUCAGCACACGCGAGGGGGCUUGGGUGAUUGGCAGGAUGUCCAGUAAUGGUCUUCCUCUGGACAUGACCGCUAUCACCAGACUCAACAACAUGCUCACACUGCUUCUGCCCAAUACUUUGGUCAACUGGGCAGCAGAGAGAGCACUGAACUACAAAUAUGACCACAGACUGUAUGGUCUGAAGCCCAAACACAGACUUAUGGACAGAAGGCCUCUGAUCAAUGAUGACCUGCCUGGUCGAAUCCUUCAGGGAGCGCUUGUAAUGAAAACCAAUCUAAAAGGAUUCAAAGACUCAGGAGUGGAAUUUGAAGAUGGCAGAGUGGAGGAGAACAUUGAUGCUGUGGUUUUCUGUACAGGCUAUAAUGGAACAUUUCCAUUCCUGCCUUCAGUCUUAACUGACGGGCCUCAACGAGAACUGACAUUGUACAAGACUCUGUUUCCUCCUUCUCUGGUACGACCCACACUGGCCGUCAUGGGUCUUUUCCAAACCAAAGGACCAAUCACGCCAAUUGUGGAAAUGCAGGCGCGAUGGGCUGUCAAGGUCUUUACCGGUUCGAGCUGUCUUCCACCUAAGGAGAAAAUGCUGGAAGUCAUAGAGUCUGAGAGGAAGAGGAACAUGAAAAGCUAUCCUUGCCCACGAACGGCAGCUCUCCAGGUAGAAUACAUCCCUUACCUGGAUUUCAUGGCAAAGGAGGUGGGUGUUCGACCAAACCUCCUGACACUACUGCUGACAGAUCCUGUGCUCUGGGUGAGGAUCUUCUUUGGUCCCUGCACUCCAUAUCAGUAUCGUCUCACGGGGCCUGGACAGUGGGCCGGGGCCCGUCAGUCGAUCCUCACUCAGUGGGAGCGAUUGGCUCAACCCUUCAGAACCAGAGCGGUACCGGAGAGCAGGCCGUCUGCGAUUUCUCCCUGGGCGCUUGUACUUGGAGGAACAGUUGCAAUGGCUUUUGUUCUGUCUAAAACUGAGAUAACUCCAGUGCUGUCGGGUGCCGCCCAGUUUCUGGACAGGUGCAAGAUGUUUCUGAAGGACUCCUGGUUACACCAGACUAAAAUGAUCAUAUUUGGGUACACUGUGUAACGAACAUAACCCAAGAUCAUAUAUGUUGCAAUAUGAUGUGCAACUAUAAUACAGACAUUGAAAUAUUAAUAUCCUAGAUAUUCUAAGAUUCAUUGAAAGAAAAAAAAGUAAAUGGAUCAGGGAAUUUUAAGACAUUUAAAGUUUUUUUUAUUUGGUGUUUGGCUUGCAGAAAAAGAGACAGCCUCCCUCUUUUAAUGUUGUGUAUGAUUGUAGUAUUAUGUAAUAAUAUGGUGCUACACAAUUGUAAAAGUAGUUGGCACUCUUCUGAUAGGUGUAUCUGUUUCAAAGGUCAGAGAAAACUGCAAUCUACCAUCAGAUAGCAUAGAGAAACCCAAAUUGAGGCUUAUUAAAAACUAUAAUUAUA